ACAGAGCGGUGGUGAGGAAAGUGGCACUGUCAAAUCAUAGGCUGACUGCAUGUUAAAAAAGACGUAGCUAAUUCCAGAUUGCGUUUUACAGCGGAAUGUUCACUCGAAGGGGCCAUGGAGACGUCAAGAAAUCUACACAGAAAGUUCUGGACCCAAAGAAGGAUGUAUUGACCCGACUGAAGCACCUCCGGUCACUGUUAGAUAUCUUUGAGAAGAGUGAAUUGAAGACCUUCUUCGAAAGCAACUGUUCUCAGAUUUAUUUUAUCUUCUAUGAAAAUUUCAUUACACUGGAAAGUAACUUAAAGCAAAAAGGGAACAAAUCUCAGAGGGAGGAGCUGGACUCUAUCCUCUUUAUUUUUGAAAAAAUUCUGCAACUUCUACCAGAAAAAAUCUACAGUCGAUGGCAGUUCCACAGUAUAGGUUCUAUUCUGAAAAAGCUUUUGCACACUGGAAACUCAUUCAAGAUCAGAUGUGAGGGAAUUCGUCUGUUCCUGCUGUGGCUGCAGGCCCUGCAGAAUAACUGUGCAGAGGAGCAGUUCCUCAUCUUCGCCUGCCUGGUGCCAGGCUUCCCUGCCGUGCCCUCCACCAGAGGACCCUGCACCCUGGAUACCAUCAUCUACAACCCUUUCUCCAACCCACCCGAUGCCAAGGUGGUGCCUGAGGAGAUCACCCCACUGGUGCCAGCUGUGCCAGGGGAGAAGCUGGCAGACGACCAGACCUGCUACAUCCUCCAAACCCUGCUCAAGUUCAUGGUUGUCCAGGCAUCUAGUUUAGAGUGGAGGAACAAAGACAACCAGGACACCGGCUUCAGGUUUCUCUUCAGUCUGUUCAAGAAGUACUACCUUCCUCACCUCUUCCCCUCCUUCACCAAGCUCACCAACCUCUACAAGCCACUUUUAGACCUCCCCCACCACAGACCAAAGCCUCUGUAUGUCCCAGUGACCCGUAACAACGAGAGCACGUUCUGUACGAGGGACCAGUACCUAGCUCCCCGUGUGGCCUUUAUCACCUGGCUGGUCACCUUCUUCCUGGACAAGAAGUACAUCAGCACCGCCACCCCCAGCGCCAAGAACGGGACGAACGAGGUCAUCCCCAAACUCAUCCAGACUGUCACUGCAGGCAGUAGCAGUCAGGAAAAGGAGAGGGAUAAAGACCGUGGUGGUAGUGAGGGGGAGCCCAAUGGCCCUACAGAGCCAGAGAAGAGCCACUCUAACAGUAGCACGCUGUCUGACCGGCGCCCCAGCGACUCCAGCCUGUGCAGCAUCGACGAGGAGCACCGCAGUGUCUACGACAUGGUGCAUGCCAUCCUGCUCUCCACACGGGACAACAUCAACUUCGUCAACGAGGUCUUCCACCAGGCCUUCCUGUUGCCCUCCUGUGAGACGUCAGCGACCCGGAAGGUGAUCAAGGUGUACAGGAAGUGGAUCCUGCAGGAGAAGCCAGGCUUCAUGACGGAGCCAGAGAAGAGCAGACAGGCUGAGGUGGAGGAGAACCCUGAGCAGCUGCUCGUCACUGAGACUGACAAUACACACACACCGGUGUUGAAAAGUCAUGGUCACAAGCGUUCGUCCAGUUGGGGAAGAACAUACUCUUUCAGCAGUGCCAUCAGCCGGGGCUGUCUCACUGAGGAACAGAACAGAGACAUCAAGGCUGGCAUCCAGCCCACCCUGCAGGUGUUCCUGACCAACUCUGCCAACGUGUUUCUACUGGAGCCGUGCCAGGACGUGCCCAAACUACUGGACAACCAGGUGGAGGUGUGCAAGGGGGUGCUGAGCAUCUACCGCCACAUGAUCAUGGAGCACGCCAUGAACACACAGACAUGGCAGCAGAUGCUACAGGUGCUGCUGAGGAUCACUGAGGCAGUGAUGAAGAGGCCUCAGGAGAACCAAAGAAAAGACCCCUUCGCUGAGAGCCUGGCUGCCAUCCUCUUCAGGACGAUCAUCGUGGCGUGGGUACGGGCCAACCUGUGUGUCUUCAUCUCUCGGGAGCUGUGGGACGAGCUGCUGUCUGUGCUGUCGUCUCUAACAGGCUGGGAGGAGCUGGUGACAGAGUGGGCCAGCAUCAUGGAUUCUCUGACCGCUGUCCUGGCCCGCUCCGUCUACGGCCUGGACAUGAGCAAUCUGCCCCUGGACAAACUCAGUGAACAGAAGGAGAAGAAACAGAGGGGACGGGGAGUGGUCCAGGACUCCCAGAAGGCAGCAGCGGUGGCCAGGUCAUUCUCUCUGAGCUGGAGGAACCAGGGAGACCAGCCGGGGGUCCAGGAGCCCAUGAGGUUCCGCAGCGCUACCACCUCAGGGGCCCCUGGCGUGGAGAAGGCCCGCAACAAUGUCCGACAGAAAGCCACAGACGUGGAGGAGGGCCAGCUGUCCGAGUGUGGGGGAGACGGAGACCUGGAGGCUGGUGACAGCCCUCUACCACGCAGCAGCAGCACCUCCGACAUCACACAGCAACUGUCUGACACCUUCCCAGGCCAUAAGAGAGCGUACUCCCCCAACAACUCCUGUGGCUCCGAUGGCAGGACGUCAGAAGGGAGGAGAGACGGCGACCCACCCUUGAUUUUGAUCCGGCGGAGCAGCAGUCCAGCUGAGCUGGACUACCCUGUAGAGGGACACAACACAUACACAAGGCUCCAGCUCCGGGAGAAAAGUGAGAGUGUGAGCAGCGAGACGUCCAACGGCUACCUGAACGACGCUGACAGCAGCCUGCUGGCUUGGCAGGCCUUUGAGGAGGAGGCAGACUUCCAUUCAGCCCAGAUAGGGGUCAAAGCAGACACAGAGAGCCAGAGGAACCUGCUGCUCAGCCACAAUGAGGCCCUUGCAGGUCCCGAGUGUGCCCUCUCUCCCCACUCCGCACCACUGUCUCAGCACCAGCACCCCCCCGUCUCGCCAGCUUUGCUCGUGCACCCUGAGUGCCGGGACAGCCCCCAGCUCCUGGAGGACACCAUGCAUCAGUCUGUGUUACACAUGCCUCAGGACCUGGACAGCAGUGAGUGUCUGACUGAUGAUGUCAGCAUCAUUGCAGGCGGGAGCCUGACAGGCUGGCACGCUGACUCAGCCUUUGUGCUCUGGAGGAGGAUUCUGGGUAUCCUGGGGGAUGUCAACAGCAUCCGCUGCCCCAGGAUCCACGCCAAGGUGUUCAGUUACCUCUACGACCUGUGGCACAAAUUGGCUAAGAUCCGGGACAACCUGGGCAUCAGUGUGGAUAACCAGUCAUCUCCUCCCCGCCCUGUCUUCAUCCCUCCUCUCAGAAUGCUGGCCUCCUGGCUCUUCAAGGCCACCAUGCUGCCAGCAGAGUUCAAGACGGGGAAGCUGCAGGCCUAUAAACUAAUCUGUGAGAUGAUGACUAAGAACCAGGACGUGCUGCCCAACAGUGACUUCCUGGUCCAUCUCUACCAAGUCAUGCACAAGGGCUUCACCAGCGAGGACCAGGACGUUCUAAACACAGUGAUCCGUUCCUGUUCCCCACGCUUCUUCUACCUGGGCCUGCCUGGCUUCACUAUGCUGGUGGGAGACUUCAUCACCGCUGCAGCACGCAUCCUCAGCCACGACACCGCCGAGGCUCCGAGGAUUGACGCACAGACCGUCCUUGGGUCGCUGGUCUGUUUUCCCAACCUCUACCUGCAGAUUCCUCUACUGCAGACUGUUCCUGGAACUGAUGACAUCGUUGUUGGGAACGAGGACAUUAAGGACUAUCUGGUCAACAUCUUACUGAAGACAGCACGGAAUGAACCCUGUGAGGCAGCCAGGUGUAUAGCUGUGUGUAGUCUGGGCCUGUGGGUAUGUGAGGAACUGAUGCAGAAUAAUAUUCACCACCAGGUCAAGGAUGCCAUCAAUGUACUGGGCGUAACACUAAAGUUUGGGAACAAGGCUGUGGCUCAUGUAGCCUGUGACCUGUUCCAGCUCCUCAUCUCUCACUGGGAACACCUCCAGAGACUAGAGCGCUCUCUCCCAAAGAAAAUCAUUGAGAUCUUUGUGGCUACUAUAGCAUUUCUGUUGCCGAGCGCAGAGCACUCGGCAGUGGAGGCUGACAAAAAGCUAAUGGUGUCUCUGCUGCUGUGCCUGCUGGACUGGUGCAUGGCCAUGCCCCUGAAUAUGCUGCUGGAGCCCAUCACCAUGCCCGUGCUGGAGGACUCCACAUCCCACAAGGCCCCUCUGCUCGACUACAUCUACAGGGUGCUUCACUGUUGUGUCUCUGGCUCCAACCUGCACACCCAGCAGAGUCACUACCUCCUGAGCCUGUCUGACCUCUCCACUGACUACGACCCCUUCCUCAUGCUGGGCCAGGUCAAGAAUUCUGAGCCCCCGCCCUCACACACCGCUGCAGACUUUGGCAACCUGCUCACCGUUGCCGAGGAGAAGAAAAGACGGAAUAUGGAGCUCAUCCCUCUGACGGCACGGAUGAUCAUGACACACCUUGCGAACCACCUGGGCCACCAUCCCCUCAGUGGUGGCCCUGCCCUCCUGCACAGUCUGGUCAGUGAGAACCAUGACAACCCCUUUGUGGAGUCAUCAGAGCUCUCCUCUGAGGUGUUCAAGAGCCCCAACCUGCAGCUGUUUGUGUUCAACGACAGCACCCUGGUGUCCUACCUCCAGGUACCCUCGGAGCCCUCUGGUCCAGGGGAACCCUAUGACAACUCCUCCCAGGUACGGGUCAUCGUCAGGGACAUCUCUGGAAAGUACUCCUGGGACGGAGGGGUCCUCUACCGCACCCAGGAGGGAGUCAACGGCAUGCAUCAGAGGACCUCAGACCACUCCACCACCAAGCCUACCUCACCAGGCACCUCAGACCCCUCCAACCACUCCACCACCAAGCCUACCUCACCAGGCACCUCAGACCACUCCACCACCAAGCUCACCUCACCAGGCACCUCAGACCCCUACAACCACUCCACCACCAAGCCCACCUCACCAGGCACCUCUGAGCGCUCCAACCCCCCUGGCUGGGACUCCCAGUCAGGCUGUGAUGAGGAGGAGGAGGAGGAGGAGGCUGAUGGCCUGGACCAGCUCCUAGAAGACCUGGGAUACAGCAGCCCUGAGUGCCUGCCCCAGCCCCGGCUGAGGCUCAACCAGCCAGCCCCCUCUCCCUGUGGGAUGAACCUGGAGCAGGAGGGGGCCAUCAUGGAGGCCAUCCUCAGGCAGACGCAGCAGGAGGAGGAGCAGGUGAAGAGGUGGAACGCAGACGUGAGUGUCAAGUCCACCGGCCAGAGAGAACCCGCUCACCAGGAGCCCAAAGCUCUCUUCUACUUCUGCAGACUGCUACUCAACGACCUGGGCAUGAACUCAUGGGACCACAGGAAAAGCUUUCAUCUCCUGAAGAAGAACUCAAAACUUUUGAGAGAACUGAAGAAUUUGGAUUCCAGGCAGUGCAGGGAGACACACAAGAUCGCUGUGUUCUACAUCGGAGAGGGUCAGGAGGACAAAUGCUCCAUCCUGUCCAACAGCGCAGGCAGUCAGGCCUACGAGGAUUUUGUGUCUGGCCUGGGAUGGGAGGUGGAUCUAGCCACACACUGUGGCUUCAUGGGAGGGCUUCAGAGGAACGGCAGCACAGGACACACUGCUCCCUACUACGCUACCUCCACAGUGGAAGUCAUCUUGCAUGUGUCCACACGCAUGCCGUCCAACUCUGACGACUGCCUCACCAAAAAGCUGCGUCACCUGGGAAACGAUGAAGUUCACAUAGUGUGGUCGGAGCACAGCAGGGACUACCGGCGCGGCAUCAUCCCCACUGACUUUGGAGACGUGCUGAUCAUCGUGUACCCCAUGAAGAACCACACGUUCUUCAUCCAGAUCAUGAAGAAACCACAGGUCCCUUUCUUUGGGCCUUUGUUCAACGGGGCCAUCGUAACUGGAACGCUGCUGCCCAGCCUGGUGCGCGCCACCUGCAUCAACGCCAGCAGAGCUGUCAAGUCCCGCCUGACGCUCUACCAGAGCUUCUAUGAGGAGCGUGCGCUUUACCUGGAGGCCAUCGUGCAGAACCACCGGGAGGUCAUGACCUUUGAGGACUUUGCGUCGCAGGUCUUCUCCCCUUCAACCAGCUACUACCCAAUGAGUGGGACAGAUGAAACAAUGUUAAAGGUGUCAUUGCGGUAAUUGAAGAAGGCUCCCUCAGUGGCAGCACGAGUGCUGAGCUCAGUGUUUCCGUAGGAACGGACCAGGUCUCUCCCACGAUGCCCCGUGCCACAAAGAACAGAGUUUCCGGAAAACUCCGCCG